CAGGUUUUCAUUUGCAUUUACAUUCCUGCUCUCCUUCAUUAGACUUAGCCCUGUAUCUGUUGUGGGUUUACAGUACUGUACCUGGGCUUGAAACAAUCAAGGUUCAUGUUGCAUCACUGAAGUGGUUUUCUUCAGAGUCAUUAUCAAACUGAAAUGGAUGAAGACAACAUCAGGAAUAGGAAAGAGUCGCAGAAUGUCUCCACUAGCAACAACGUGGACUGUGAGACUAAAGACAAGCCACCUGCAAAGGCUACUGUGCUUCAAAAAGAUGUUGGUCUGUUAAGUGGCAUCUGUCUGAUUGUGGGGACAAUGAUUGGCUCGGGCAUCUUCAUUUCUCCUAAGUCUGUUCUGCUGUACUCUGGAGCUGUGGGCCCAUGCCUGCUCAUCUGGGCGGCCUGUGGCGUGUUAGCCACUCUGGGAGCUCUGUGUUAUGCUGAGCUUGGCACCAUGAUCACCAAAUCGGGGGGGGAGUAUUCGUAUUUUUCAGAGGCUUUUGGCUCCCUCGUAGCCUACCUCUUCUCCUGGACCACUGUUAUGGUGCUGAAGCCCUCCUCCCUCGCCAUCAUCACUCUGAGCUUUGCAGAAUAUGCCUCCACUCCUUUCUACCCCGGCUGUACUCCCCCUGUCAUUGUCACCAAGUGUCUUUCAGCAGCAGCUAUAUUUUUGAUCGUCACCGUCAACUGUUUGAGCGUUAAGCUGGCGAACUACGUGCAGAACUUCUUCACAAUGGCCAAACUUUUCAUCAUUCUUGUCAUAGCGGUAGCUGGCAUGGUUAUGUUGGCACAAGGAAACUCUGAGAAUUUCUCAAAUGCAUUUGAAGGCUCAUCAUCGUCCGUUGGAGCAAUUGGACUGGCAUUUUAUAACGGGCUUUGGGCUUAUGAUGGAUGGAAUCAACUGAAUUUCAUUACAGAAGAACUGAAGAACCCAUUCAGGAACUUGCCAUUGGCUAUCAUCAUUGGGAUCCCUUUGGUAUCUGUGUGCUAUGUGAUGGUCAACAUUGCUUACUUCACUGUUAUGACCCCCACUGAACUGCUGCUGUCCCCAGCUGUUGCCGUGACUUUUGGAGACAGAGUCCUCCACCCUUGGUCUUGGAUCGUUCCUCUCUUUGUUGUCUUCUCUACUUUCGGCUCUGCCAAUGGAAGCUGCUUCACCGCUGGCAGAAUCGCCUAUGUGUCUGGUAGAGAGGGUCACAUGGUGAAAAUCUUAUCCUAUAUAAGCCUGAAGCACUACACUCCAGCUCCUGCUCUCAUAUUCAAUGGUAUUUUGGCUACUAUCUACAUUAUCCCAGCAGACAUCAACACCCUCAUUAACUACUUCAGCUUUGCUCAGUGGGGGUUUUAUGGUCUGACAGCACUGGCUCUCAUAGUCAUGCGUUACACCAGGAAGGAGCUGCACAGACCAGUGAAGGUGCCGAUUUUCCUGGCAGGCAUAAUGGUGCUGGUGUCCUGCUACUUAGUACUGGCUCCCAUCAUUGAUAAGCCAGAGCUGGAGUACCUUUAUUGUACUGUCUUCAUAUUGAGUGGACUUCUCCUCUACUACCCUUUCGUCCAUCGGAAGGUCAACUGGGCACGCAGAAUCAUGAGACCCAUCACUAUGCAUCUCCAGCUGCUGAUGGAAGUAGUUCCUCCGGAGAAAACCUCAUGAGAAGAGACAGAAUUUACAACGAGCUCAACUUCUGCUGUUUGUCAUGAAACAUGUUGGGGCUGGGUUUUUUUUGUUUAGUUUUUAAAGCAGCUACGCACUUUGUGACCAGAGUGGAUCACAGUUAAAAAAUCAUAGCUGACCUCGGUUGUACAAAAGUAACAGGAGAUGUGGGUUGUCCAUGAACCAGCUUACAGGUGUUACAGGAAAUCAUGAGUCAUUUCAUUUCAGGGACAAAUGAAGAGGAUUUACUUUUCUAAAGAUUGUCCUUUAGGAAUACAUACACAUAUAAUUUAGAUGUAUAAGAUAUUUGAAAUAAAAAGUGUGGAGGAGUUUGUGAGUUGUAGAAUUUGACCAUGUUCUUAUGAUGACCCUCCACACAUAAUCAAAUAAAUCACUGACAAAGUCUUUUUAAAAAUAAAUAAAUAACCAGCAUCAAUCCUUUAGUAAGUGUGUAGAACAUUUCUUCAUGUUCAGGUGAUGUGGAAUUUAAUUACCAAAGAUCACUUCAUUCAGAACUACUGGAGGAUUUAGAUAUGCAUGAUCUGCACAUAAAAGGAUGCAGAAUACAACGUGACUACUCCGACGGACAUCUUUUUUAUUUAUAUAGCUCCUGUGGUUGUAAACUGAAACACAAAUAUGGUUUAAAAACUCUCUCACUUUUAUCUUUCACACUGGGAUACACUGGAUGCAUUGUGCUAGCCGUUGUUUAUUAAAUGUAUUAAUGUUGCAUAAACUGGACAUGUAGUCAA